CUCAGCUCAGAGCACAUGAACUACUGCAGCACACUGAAUCCAGCUCACCCUGCAGAUCUACCAGGCCCACUGGGAACCAGGGCCCGUUCCGAGGGGCCCAACACAUGGUCUGAGACCCAAUGACAGUACAGUAGAGCCAGCCAAAAAGACAGCGAAGCUGAAUGCGACUGAACAGAAGACCAGCCUGCAGCAGCAGCAGCCUCUGAAUUUAGCUGACAAUUCAGACCGAGCUGAUCACGAUGACUCCCUCCUUUAACAUCACCUCAGGAAAUGCUUCAGAGGGGAAGGAAUGCAUCCUCAAUGACCAGAUGGGCCCCUUUAUUGUCCUCUACUGUCUCAUCCUCAGCUUAGGUCUGCCUGGGACCCUGCUGUCAGUGUGGGGGUUCAUCCUAAGCUGCAGGCCUCAGGUUUGGACUGCAGAACUCAUCAGAUGCUUUAAAGCUUUAAGCAACUUAGCAGGAAUGAUCGUCCAGUUCAGCAGGUUUUAUUCCUCCAUAGAAAUAGAGAUGGUGUCGCAGUACCUCAAAUGUAUAUCAUUGAAGACGGACCUUGGGCUCCACUGGCACAAUCUGACUGUUUUCCUCAACACGACCCUGUUCCUCAACACCUCUGCAGCCGUGCUCUUCUCCAGCGGCCUUGCCCUAAAGAGAUUUCUGCGCAGUCGCAGCGACCCUAAACUCUCGCAGGACUCCAGGCGUGUGGUGUUGAGCGUGACCACCAUGGCGCUGGCCUACAUGCUCAGCUUCGUCCCUUACCACGUGUUGCGGACCCCGUAUACGCUGACCCAGAACGAUUUCAUCAAGAACUGCAAUACCAGAAGACAGCUUUUCCUGGGGAAGGAGUCGACGCUGUUUCUGAGCCUGCUGCAUGUCUGCCUCGACCCGUUGCUCUUCUUCAAUCUCGAUGCUCCGUUCAGAGUACGAGUCAGAAGGCUACUUCCCUGCAGCAGAUACCAGGCUGCCAUCGCAGAGGAGCAGGUUGUGGAGGAGGAGAUAUCACAGAAUGGCGAUGGAAAGCAGGAUGCUGCGUACAACAACUCUAAAUAUGAACAAGAAUUGACUUAAUCUACACAGUUUCCAGACAAAUGAACUGGAUACAGUCGGAUUUAAUUAGCUACAAAAUGUAAAUAAGAUCAGGAAUGUACUGUUAAUAAACAUUAUUU